UUCUGUGAUGCUUGUGGGGUUAGUGGGGGUUUCUUGUCAAAAAUCAAAAUUCUUCAUUUCACACAAACACAAAUUUGGUAAAGAAACCCAUCAAUCAAAUCAAAUCAAUAAUCAAUAAUAAUCAUAAAAUCCAGCAAGCUGCUUCCUUGGAGGUUUUGAAUUCAAGGCUUUGUUUGGUGGGUUCACAAAUAAUCACUACAAAUUUCUUAAGACCCUUUUUUUCUCUUUUGUGGAGCUUUACCAAUUCUCAAUGGAGGUUCCAGAGAUGGAAGGAAAGAUUGAAAGCCAUACAACAUCAGCAGAAGCCUUUGUUGAAGGGGGGAUUCAAGAAGCCUGUCAUGAUGCUUGCAGUAUAUGCCUUGAGGAUUUUUGCGACAGUGAUCCUGCGUCGGUGACUAAUUGCAAGCAUGAGUUCCAUCUACACUGCAUUCUUGAAUGGUGUCAAAGAAGCUCCCAAUGUCCCAUGUGUUGGCAAUCUGUUAGCUUGAAGGAUGCUACCAGUCAAGAAUUGCUUGAAGCAGUAGAGCAGGAGAGGAGCAUAAGGGUUACCCCAUCAAGAAAUGUUGAUAUCUUUCAUCAUCCAUCCCUUGAUGAUCCAGAAUUGCACCAGUUUGAAGAGCGAAUAAUUCAACAUAUAGCUGCUGCGGCAGCAAUGAGGAGAGCACGGCACCUUGGUCACAGGGAAGGUCCUAGUACUCGGUCAUCUUCUCAUGGCCAUCCACAUUUCUUACUAUUCUCGGCACAGUCGAGUGCACAUCCAUCUAGUCCUGAAUCUGUUGCCGGAGAUGGAAAUGAACUGGCUGAAAUCCCUGUAGGAAGUCCAUCUACGCCACUUACAUCUGAUGGAGACGAGCCAUCAACGUCUCAGCUGAUCGCACAUAUUCAAACUCGGAGCCCUUCUUUAGCUCACAGGUCUACUGUCUCGGCUACAAACCGUGAAGGGAUUCAGCCUAAUGAAAGUUCUACCACUCAUUCUUCGACUUUGGACGGAGACAGAGCAGGGCCGUCCGAUCUCCAGUCAUUUUCUGAUUCUUUGAGGUCCAAAUUUAAUGCAAUGUCCCUGAGAUACAAAGAAUCGCUUUCGAAGGGCACAAGGGGAUGGAAAGAGAGGCUGUUCUCUCGAAAUUCUUCUGUGUCAGAACUCGGUUCAGAAGUCAAGAGAGAGUUGAAUGCUGGAAUUGCGAGUGUAUCCCGAUUGAUGGAGCGCCUCGAAUCUAGAGAAAAUAAUAGAGUUGGGGAUGCAUCUUUGUCGAAUCAUUUGGCGGAUUCCUCCAUCCCUGAGACAAGCAACCAGCACAAUGUGGAAGCUCUCCGAAGGAACUCUUCGCGCGGCAAUAAUUCUCAGGCCACUUUUUCUGCUGGCUCAGAUUCAAACUAAGCUUUGUUUUUGUUUCUGUGAAUGCAUACUCCUCAGCAUCUCAUAUUUGAAGGCUAAUUGUUUGCCCAGAAAUGACAUGCUGAGGAGAUUAUGCCUUUAUUAUGUUCUGGUUUUCAAUUUUUUCUUUUA